CUUGCGCAUCCAUCACCGUCGCAAUGGCUUCCGCUCCCGCUGCCCUGGCUCAGGCCGUCCCACAGAAGAAGCCCGAGGGUGCUGCCCUUUAUGCUCGUUUCUCCUUUGCCGGUGCUGUCUGCUGCUCUGUCACCCACGGUGCUUUCACUCCCGUCGAUGUCGUCAAGACCAGAAUCCAGCUUGACCCCGCUACCUACAACCGUGGUAUGAUCGGUGGUUUCCGCCAGGUCAUCCAGAAUGAAGGUGCUGGUGCUCUUUUGACUGGUAUCGGCCCAACCUUUGCCGGUUACUUCCUCCAGGGUGCCUUCAAGUUCGGUGGAUAUGAGUUCUUCAAGAAGCAGUCUAUCGACAUGCUCGGCCUUGAGACCGCUCGCCAGAACCGUGGUCUCGUCUACUCUGCCUCUGCCGCCAGUGCCGAGUUCUUUGCCUCCAUUGCCCUCUGCCCUCUCGAGGCUACCCGUAUCCGUCUUGUCUCCCAGCCUACCUUUGCUACUGGUUUGAUCAGCGGUUUCGGCAAGAUCCUCAAGACUGAGGGUGUCGGUGCCUUCUACAGCGGAUUCGGACCUAUCCUUCUUAAGCAGAUUCCCUACACUGUCACUAAGUUCGUUGCUUUCGAGAAGGUUUCUGAGACUGCUUUCUCCUUCCUCGAUAAGUCUAAGCUCUCUGACGCUGCUCAAACCGGUGUCAACUUGGGAUCUGGUCUCAUGGCUGGUUUCGCUGCCGCUAUUGUCUCCCAGCCAGCUGAUACUAUGCUUUCCAAGAUCAACAAGACCAAGGGUCUUCCUGGUGAGGGCAUUGUCUCCCGUCUCGUCAAGAUUGCUGGCGAGCUCGGUCUCCGUGGUGCUUUCGCUGGUCUUCCUACUCGUCUGUUCAUGGUUGGUGGUCUUACUGCUGGUCAAUUCGCCAUCUAUGGUGACAUCAAGAAGGCUCUUGGUGCCACCGGUGGUGUCGAGAUUGCCAAAUAG